GGAGGCGCUCACGGCUGAGGAGGAGCACACAGGCGCACUCACCGCCUUCCUCCUUCCCUCUUCUUCCUCCCACCCCGCCCCUGGGGGGCGGUACCCUUGUCCCUGGGGGAGGUCUGCACCCCCGGAGGGAGGAGGAGGGCCAGGGCUAGGGCCGCUGCGGCGGGUGGCGGACGCCGCCGGCCCUUCCCCCGCGCUCCUUCGCUGCCUCCCCCUGCUCCCCGCCCCUCCUCCUCUCCAUCCUCCCUAUCCUCCUCCGGGUCCCCGGCAGCCGCAGCUAGGGGAGCAGCCGGCGGCACCCGGGCUUCUCAGCCUUUGUCUCGGGCCGCGGGGCGCGCCGGGCCCAGCGCAGCGCUAUAGCAUCCUACUAGGGAGCUGUGCAAUCACAUGGCUGCCACAGCAACAGGACAAGGAUGUGACUGAUGAAUCACAAAAACCAGCUAGCAUCUCCAAAGAAAGAUUUCUCCUAACGAUUCAAGGGACCUAGAGAUACUGAAACAUCCAAUAAAAAGAUGCAGCCACCAGACGAAAAAUGAAAGCCACCCAAGCACUGGAGGGCGCCCUCGCAGCCGCUUCUCUCCAGGUUCCAAGUUUCCCUUCACAAUGGCCUGUAACAGCACAUCCGUCGGGGCUUACGAGCAUCUGCUGCUGAAUGUGAGCAAUGCCUCGGACCCAGGGGCCACUCCACUGUCUGCACCGCUCAGGAUCUCUCUGGCAAUAAUGAUGCUGAUGAUGAUUGUGGUAGGAUUCCUCGGCAACACGGUGGUCUGCAUCAUCGUGUACCAGAGGCCGGCCAUGCGCUCAGCCAUCAACCUGCUGCUGGCCACCUUGGCCUUCUCCGACAUCAUGCUCUCCUUAUGCUGCAUGCCCUUCACGGCCGUCACCCUCAUCACUGUCCGCUGGCACUUCGGGGACCACUUUUGUCGACUUUCAGCUACGCUCUAUUGGUUCUUUGUCCUAGAGGGCGUGGCCAUCCUGCUCAUCAUUAGUGUGGACCGGUUUCUCAUCAUCGUACAGCGCCAGGACAAGCUGAACCCUCGCAGGGCCAAGGUAAUCAUUGUGGCCUCCUGGGUGCUGUCGUUCUGCAUCUCUGCGCCCUCCUUCACCGGCUGGACGUUCAUGGAGGUGCCAGCCCGAGCCCCACAGUGCGUGCUGGGCUACACGGAGUUCCCAGCUGAACGCGCCUACGUGGUGACCCUGGUGGUGGCAGUGUUCUUUGCACCCUUUGGCGUCAUGCUGUGCUCCUAUCUGUGCAUUCUCAACACGGUGCGGAAGAACGCUGUGCGCGUGCACAACCAGUCCGACAGCCUGGACCUCAGGCAGCUGUCCAGGGCUGGCCUGAGACGGCUCCGGAGGCAGCAGCAGCAGGUCAGCCUGGACCUGAGCUUCAAAACCAAGGCCUUCACCACCAUCCUCAUCCUCUUCGUGGGCUUUUCGCUCUGCUGGCUGCCCCACUCAGUCUACAGCCUGCUGUCUGCGUUCAGCCGACGGUUCUAUUACAGCACCUCCUUUUACGCCACCAGCACGUGUGUGCUGUGGCUCAGUUACCUCAAGUCCGUCUUCAACCCCAUUGUCUACUGCUGGAGGAUUAAGAAAUUCCGCGAGGCCUGCGUAGAGUUGCUUCCCCAGACUUUCCAAAUCCUCCCCAAAGUGCCUGAGCGGAUCCAGAGGAGAGUGCAGCCGAGCACCGUCUAUGUGUGCAACGAAAACCAAUCCGCUGUCUAGGGAGCAGGUUGAGCGGGCCAGUGGACCACUCGGAAUGGUCCCGGCCCAGGCUCGGAGCCCUAGCCUUUAGUUGUCUGUGUUUUUCUUGGUGACUACACAAGCACAAAGGUACUUUUUUUGUUACCAGGUGAUCUGUGGCUUUCAAUUUUCUGAUUUCCAUAAGAUGAAUUAUUAUUAUUUGUCUCAGAAAUACCGUCUAUAGCUCUAAUGGGAAUUGGGGCUUUCAGAAGUCGGCCAGGAGUGAGAAGGGAUGAGGGGAAGCCAAAAGUGAAGCUGCCUGAGGGUGGGGCAAGAGGAGGAGCUGCCAAAAGAGCACAUCACGUUCAUCCCAGCCCCCACUGCACAUGCUCAGGAGAAGCCCCUGGUGGUAGACUGUGGUGCCCUUGUUCAUUCUGAUGCCAGCACUCUUCAGAGCUGUAUCCGCAAGGCUGGGUACGGCACACACAUCCUUAUGAUGUUCAACUGUGUGUUUCUGAUCAUGCCAAAUUAUCCUUUUAGAAAGAUUUCGGACUGGGAAGCUGUGGGGGUCCCCGGUGUGGCAGGUGGUGCUGGGUCAGUGGCCCAGAGCUCAAAGUGUGCUUUGUGACGGCUUAGCUGAAAAGGGAAGUCCACCUGGAUACUCAGGCAUGUUCCCACCACUCACACCUCUGGAUAGCCUGACAGUCCCUGAACUGCUCCUGUCUCCUCUUUGGCUCCUCUCCAGCGUGCUAAGAACAUACCUACUGCCACUUGCCCACUGGCAAGUAUCUGUAUCGACUUGCUCUCAGAGGCAGAACAGCCAGCUGCUUGGCUUUGUUUACACAUCUCCUCUGGACAACAGAGCCUUGGAGGCACCAAAUCCACAGUAGCACCAGAAUCGCUCGAGGGACAGAACAGACACCCCUCCCCAAAGCUGGGCUUACAUCCACCCAUCUGUUCCUCCUACCUCACUCAUGCCCACUGCUGCUGGCAAACCCUCUUGCCCAGAACCUGAUCCUGGGAGUGAAGUUACUCAGAGGAGACAUUUUGGUGGCACUCUGUGCUUGGCUGCUAUCUCAUGCUCACCCGUUAUGACAAAGAGCCUCUGGUGUAGGAAGGUGGGUUCUGCAGGUUUGGGACACAGCAGUGGGUCCAUUGAGCUCUCUUUACAAAGUCAGAUCUGAAGAGAGGAAAAAACUAAGAAAAUCUGAUAUCAGGUCUGACUCUAUCAGGGACCAGUCAGUAAUCUUUUUUGUUUCAUCUUCUUCUGUCAGCCUCAGUUUACCCAUUUGUUAAAGGAGGAAACAGGUCUACAUGACUUCAGUCCCCUUGAUUUUACACUUGAUCUUAGCCAAAGGCCAAGAGAUGAUAAGUCCCCUUGAUUCUCGACUGGAUGUUUUCUGCCUGGAAUAGCCAGAUCCCAUGCAUUCAUUUAUCCACCCAUAAGAUGGGCAUUUAUUAAAUGCCUAUUGGAUGAAAUGUGGUGUGCAAGUGAUAGUGCCAAAAAAGAAAGAAAAAGAAAAAAGAAAAAAAGGCUGGACUGCACCCAAAACUAGUUGAUUUAUCUCAGGAGUGUGAAAACUCAGCCCAAGAGCACAGAAGCUCCACUUUGCUUCACUUCUUAUUUCUCUCAGAGGCCAGCUCCCAGCUCCCAGCCUCUCUCUGUGGUAGUGGUGAUGGAGGCAAGGAAGGAGGGUAGCAUGUGAAGAGCAUGCAGUUUAUGUUAAGGUCAACCCAGGGGAGGGUCUGUCGAGAAGACGGCUGACUCAUUUCCAUCAGCCAAGAGGGAAAGAGAGAGGACGUGGAACUGGCUGUGUUGUAUUAAGGCGGGUGCCACCAGUCUUUUCCUCUCCCUGUGCCCAGCAAGGCUAGGGGUAGCUCAGCUUCCAUGGGUCGGGUUCACAGGGUCCAAAGGUGCCCAAGAGAAUUGCCAGACGACUGUGAGGAGCAAGCCUAUGGACACUUCUCCUCCAGUGGUAUUUUAAAGAACUUUUUCAGGAACCUUGAACAAAGAGAAAUCACAAAACUGAAUGAAAGUACCAAAUUUACAUCAAUAUGUGUUAUAUGAUUUAUGUUGGAUAGUAAUAUAUGUUUCAAAGUAAUAAUUUUGUAUAUAUUUUAAAUAAAGUACUAUGGU